AUCAGUGCAUACUCUACUGUCUAGUAGAAUCUUUGUUUUUCUUCUAAAAUUAAGAUUUAAGAUAAUGGGCUUUGACAUAGAGGUCUAUUUGGUGAACUUUUACUGAACCUCCUGAGAGCGAGCAAUGUAUUCCUUCCCUCCCCCAUCACUUAACUCUCUGAAACUCUUCUUAAUCCUUCUAAAUUCUUUUAAGCUGCUCUGCCUAUACAUAGUUGGACUAGCUCAAUUAUCCCUCUGUUGUUCCAAAUGCUUGUAGUUUGUUAGUCCUGCUGAUAUUAGUUACUAUCCCCUGGGGAGGCAAAUCCACCCGACCUCUGAGGAUUUCCUAUUGUGUAAACUAGGAAAACAGUCUGCCAACCAAACUGUUUGUGCACUAACACGUCCCUCCUGCUGCAAUGAUUGUGGACUGGCAUGUUCUGCCCAGCCUGGCAACAGGACUGCGUCCUUAGUGACACAUUCUUGGCUGUCGUGCAUUUGAAAAGCAACUGACUGCAAUUGAAACAGCAGCUGGAAAUCUUUUAUAGUUUAAAGAAAGGCAAGACUAUACAGAAGACAAGACUGAGGGACAGAUCAUUUUGUAAAGAGAUUCUGAGAAUGGCUUCAGUCAAGAACAACCCUUAUGGGUCUAAUUCAAAUUAUGAGACUGUCACAAAAAUAAUUGGGAGCAAAUACAUCCAAUGUCGUGUAGAAAAAAAAAAUGGCAAAGCAAAGGAGGGUGUGAAAGCUGAGAUACAAUCCAUGCUCCAAACAUUACCCCCAUGUAAUACAAGGCAGACACGUGGAAACGCUCUAGGCCUCAGUAAACCUCCUUGUCAACAAAUCAAUUAUGCUCUCAAUGAUGAACAACAGAACAAAGGUGAAAAGGAAGAACAUAAGUCUCAACAAGCAGAAAUGAAUGAUAGCAAAUCUGUGGGCAGUAAAGAUUUAAAGCCAGUAAAUAAGCAUUGUGUCACUGCUCCUUCUGGAGACAAGUCUUUAUCCUACAUUCAUACUCUCAAAAAACCAUUUGUUGGACCACAGACUUCAGGACAACUUGAAAGACAAGAGAAUAUCAUGGAAAAAUCAAGAGAUAUAUAUGAGGAAAAUGAUUCCCUUUUGGCUAUCCUCAAAAAAGAACAGUAUCCUUUGAGCCUGACUAUAAUAGACAAACUGCAGGAAGAAUGCAAGGUUUUGGACUGCAGGGUUUCAGGAUUUCUAUCUCAGACACAGCUGAGCCACUUACUCUUAAAACACGAAGUUCCUCUGCAAUUGCCAACUGUCAAACUCCUUUUCAUGAAGUUUUCAAAUGCAAAUGCUCAAGAAUUGGUAAAUUAUGAAAAACUGCUCCAGUUUUUAAGACGAGGGGCAGCAAGUACAACACAGCAAAAACAAUCCCUUCCAGAGAAGACUCAAUACGUAAAGAAUCAGAGGAGAAGUUCUUGGACUCCAGAAGAUGCAUUGCAGACUCUGAAGGAAAUGCUGAAAGAUCAUAAAGGAGGAAUGAACUUAGGAAAACUAAGGCUGGAUUUUAUGCAACAAGACAAAUCUUCCUCAGGUCUUCUUUCACUCCCUGAGAUUGAGAUGAUUUGCCAUAUGAAUGGGUUACCUCUCUAUCCUGGUAUGUUGGAGGUUUUGGCUGUCACCUAUGAUUUGAACAGAAGAGGUAGAAUACUGUGGAACACAUUUGUUGAGUUUCUGAAGAAAGUCCAGGUUGGGAGAGACUAUGCAUCACUUUUUUCUAAAAGGAGAAAUAAGGAGAAAGAUGAAGAUAAUCAGAAGGGCAACAAACAUCACAGAGAUCUUUCUACCAAACCUUGGGAGCAAAUGAAUCCUGACACAUCUGAUUCCAGUGAUUUUGAGGAACGGGAUGCCUGGAUAGACCGCUUUAGAAAACUAGAGAAAGCUCUCUAUUUGUCUGAUGUCAAAAACACAGGAAAGUUGGAAAAAGAGAAAGCAAAGCGCUUGAUCCAUAACUACAAUCAAAUUUAUGACCUGUGCCUUAGCCCACUGAAAAUUGAUAAAGCAUUUCGACCUUUCCGUCAUGGACAAGACAUGCCACUGGAACCUCUACUACAAUACUUGAAGGAGAUCUAAAAAUCUGUACAACUAAUAUGAUGACCAUGAGUGUACUUCUCCUUGUUUCAGUUCUAUUUACGCACUGACAGUCUUAGUAAUGCAAUAUAAGCAAAUCUUUCCUCAUCGUUAAGCCUUUAUUUUCAAAUGAGAGGAAACAAAAGUCACACAGAUAAUACACAAUGGAUGUUAAAGACAAAAGUAUGGAAACACUCCUUUUCUGAUCCUACUUAACUAAAAGUGGUUUGGAGUGUGCUUUCAACAGUGAAAUAUCUAGAUAACAUAUAAUGGUCUUGGGGGAGUAAAACCAUCUUUUGAGGCUGCAAAUAUUUUAAUUGCACAUAAGCCACCUUGGAUCCCAAGCAACAAGAAAGCCAUGGUAUCAAUUCAUACAUUAAGUAAUUAACACAGAGUUGGUAGUGCCUGCAUUGUAGAGCAGUGAGGUGGAGGGAUGUGAGCAAUUAUGUACAACAAAAGAUAGAAAAAAGGCAAUGAAGAUGUGACAUAUAUUCAUGCCUACAUGAUCUGAGAAAUAAAUAUGACUGAAAUCCUGUUUGCAAGGCUCAAUCAGUGUAGACCCAUUCACUUAACUGUUGAAUGGCAAGUCAACACUUAAAUAAAUAUCAUUUAUUGUAGUCCCUAUUCAGGUUAAACAACAGAAUAUAGACUCAUAUCUAGCUCAAACACUUCUGAUUUUGUGGCACUUUAAAAGCAUAGACUGGAAAGAAGGAAAAAAAGGAAUGGAAGAUGGAAGGAAAGAAUGAUUCUGCAUGAUUUAUAGUUGUAAUCCCCUGAGCUGUGUAACCAACCAAUGUCCCCCAACAUUACCUGCUCAAUUGGCAGGAAACAGUCACUG